AUGCUGCUUAUACUGUUCACACUAGUCGCCCUUGUUACCGCUCAAGGAGCUGGAGGAUACGGAAAUCAAAAUGCAGGAUACGAAGAGGCUGAAGUUAGGCAGCCCCCACCUCCACCAAUGAGUGCAUCUGGGGGAGAUCAACAAGCUUAUAAUUCUGAAGGAGGUAGCGAAGGCAGAAGCGCCGGAGGUGGACGAGGAGAUGGUGAUGGAGGUGCAAUGAUGGGCGGCGAAGGCGGUGGAAGGGGAUCCGGCGGAGAAGGUAGUAUGAUGGGCGGUAGUGGAAGCGGUGGUGGAGGUCAAGCUGGAGGAGGUGGAAGCAGCAGCAGCGAAGAAGGAGUAGCGUGCUUGAGCUCGGGAUUGUGCGGAAUGCCAUUCAAUAGCCAGUCUGCAUUGCCACAGCAUCUUCUGAAGUGUGCUUACGAAGAAAAAUUCGAUGAGUACUAUCUUGACUUCCUGCAUGCGAGAGGUCUGCAGAUGGCUGAAGAACGGGAAAUCGGUUCACGUCUUGCAGAACCAGAAGAUCGGGCGCACAGUCGUAGUACUACUUCUGAUGCAGGAAUAUGUGAGAAUGUAGAGGAAAGAAAGCAAGAAACUGCCAACAAAAACAUGUCCAUUCAAGAUCGCAGGCGGUACUUUGAGAAAUUUGUACGGGACCAUGGAUACUCCGAAGAGAGAAUAAAGCACUUGAAAGUGUUGAUGCACGUUAUUUAUGGGAGGCCUCCACCUAUCUCGGGUUGGUGUACAAUGCCGCGAAAGGAUAGCGAGAGCAGCUCGUCAACCCACGAAGAAUCUCAUCGUGAAGACGAAUCACUCUCGAGCGAUGUUGUUGUCAACAAAUACCAGAUGGCUGCACAAAUGGCGAAUGAAAUCCUCAAAAAACUGAUCUCCGAAGUGAAGGAGGGUGUAGAGGUUGGCAAUCUAUGUACUAUGGGUGAUACACUCAUUCAGGAAAAAACAUCCAAGGUUUUUGUGAAGGAAAAGGAUGUGACUAAAGGUAUUGCUAUGCCAACUUGCAUUUCCGUGGACCAUUGUAUCUGCCAUUAUUCACCUUUACGAUCAGACCCACCUGUAAUUCUGAAAAAUGGACAGAUGGUCAAGAUUGAUCUAGGAGUUCAUGUAGACGGUUAUAUCGCUACAGCAGCUCAUACUGUGGUGGUCGGUGCCAGCCCUACGAACAAAAUCACGGGUAAACAGGCUGCCUUAUUGAAGGCUACUUAUGAAGCUAUGGAAGUUGCUAUACGAAUGCUUCAACCAGGCAACAAAAACAUGGAUAUCACAACAGUCAUUGACAAAGUAGCUGCCGACUACGGUGUGACCCCCAUUGAAAACAUGGUUUCACAUCAACUGCAAAGAGAUCAGAUAGAUGGAGAAAAGCAGAUUAUACAAAAUCCCGGUGAGAAGCAACGAAGUGAGAUGGAAAAGUGCACUAUUGACAAACACGAAGCCUAUGCCAUUGAUGUGCUGUUUUCUACCGGAAAAGGGAAAUCAAAAGAUAUGGACACACGCACAACUGUGUACAAAAGAAAUGAAGAAAUCCAAUAUUCGCUGAGGUUGAAAGCGGCCAGAGCCUUGAUGAAGGACGUGAAAGAUAAGUUCGGAGUCAUGCCCUUCACUUUACGCGCGCUAGAAGAUGAGGUGAAGGCAAAAAUGGGCGUUGUGGAACCUGAGAAGCAUGGUUUGCUGCGACCAUAUCAAGUGAUGUAUGAAGCAGCUGGUGAAGUAGUUGCUCAGUUCAAAGCGACUGUUUUGGUGAUGCCAAAUGGUUUGCUGAAAAUUGCCGGCUUACCUCUCGAUAUGAAUCUGAUUGAGACCGAUGCAAAACUGCAGGAUCCGGAACUGAUUGCUACCUUGAACUCACAACUGAAGAAGAAGAAGAAGAAGCCAGCCAAGAAAGACGCUCCCGUUCCUGUUGCUGCCAAUAACGCAGCGCCGGAUUGUUGCUUUCUAUCUUUUUGGACAAGAGCGAUAUUUAUGAAGGUUUUCGUCCAUUAUGACUUAGCCUGAAUUGCCAGUGAGCCGAUUGAUACGCCUUUGAACUAUGCUCUCCAACUGUGCACCUCGGUGAAUGUGUAUUUUUUGGCUCCGGUCGUUGUUGUUCUAUUUUUCCGUUUCCAUUCGUUUUGUUUCGUUUAAUAAAGUCUUGAAU